AAUUACAGGAACCUAAACUUAAUUUUAACUCUUUCCCUGUGUUUCGCUUUCCACCCAUUUUCUCUUGCUUUUUCUGUUGUUGCAAGGAUCCUCCUACCUUCAUCUUUCUCUGCAAAAUUUUCUCACACAUAGUAGCUUGCUGUUCUCUGUUUCUCUCGUCCAAUUUGCACGCAAGAUUGAAGCUUUUUUUUUCUGAUGUGGUUGACAAAAUUUGUGUAUUGAAGGGUGAUUUUUGGGAUCUGUCAGAAGCAGAAACUUGUGGAUCUCUGCAAUUCCUGCAGUUUUGUCCAUCUGGGUAUAGUUUGUUUUUGUAAUGGGUUGGAGAUACAAGGCUGGAUUGUUCCUCAUAGGUACUGUGGUUAUAAUAUGGGUCACCUCCGCUGAAGUCACCCAGGAUAUUUUUACAGAUUAUAAGCAGCCAUUUGCAGUGACAUAUCUUGGAGCUUCUCUUAUGGUAGUUUACCUCCCAAUAGCAUUCAUUAAGGACUGGUUCUGUAACUUACUUAAACGCCGCUCUUCUAAAGGUGGAAAAAAUUCAGAAAUCAGGGAAGAGUUUUCUGUCAGGAGUAGCUCUCCUCUCAAAGGCAAUGGAGUACAGAAAAAUGUUGAAGUGGAGCUGGGGAAUCUGCUUCGAAAAGAUAGUGAUUUAGACUUAUCAAAUCUUUCAGAAGUAAAGCCAUUGGUGGCUAAAUAUAAUGAUAUUAAUGUGCUAAAGGUAGAGGAAGAACUUACUCCAAAGGAAGUUGCUACUUAUGGAUUUUACGUUGCUCCUAUUUGGUUUAUAACAGAGUAUCUAUCAAAUGCUGCCCUAGCACGUACAAGUGUUGCGAGUACAACAGUAUUAUCAUCUACUUCAGGACUCUUCACUCUUUUCAUCGGUGUGUUUAUGGGCCAAGACUCUUUAAGUGUAGCAAAAGUAGUUGCUGUCUUGGUCAGCAUGGCUGGGGUUGCCAUGACAACUCUGGGGAAAACAUGGGCUACAGAUGAGUCUCAAUUAAGUGCUUCCAAUGGACAGCGCUCUCUUGUUGGAGAUCUUUUUGGCCUUCUCUCAGCCUUGUCAUAUGGUCUAUUUACAGUUCUUCUUAAAAAGUUUUCUGGUGAAGAAGGAGAACGGGUCGAUGUGCAAAAGCUGUUUGGCUAUAUUGGAUUGUUUACACUUGUAACAUUAUGGUGGCUUAUCUGGCCAUUGACGGCCUUAGGAAUUGAACCGAAGUUUACAAUUCCCCACUCUGCUAAACUAGACGAAGUGGUUCUUGCUAAUGGAUUUGUUGGAAGCGUUCUCUCAGACUACUUCUGGGCACUCUGUGUUGUAUGGACAACUCCCCUUGUGGCCACUUUGGGCAUGUCACUCACCAUUCCUCUUGCUAUGUUGGCUGACAUGGUGAUUCAUGGUCGCCAUUAUUCAGCAUUAUACAUUCUUGGCUCAAUUCAGGUAUUUGCAGGCUUUGUGAUAGCUAAUGUUUCAGAUCGGAUGACGAAGAAAAUGGGAUUGUAGCAUAUUGUUUUUUAGAUUAAUUUGGCCAACACUCAUUCUUUAUUUGGUGGGGCAUCUGUCUUCUACUCUGAUUGAGUGUUAUACCAUGAGUCAAUAUGUUGGAAACCAAUGCCUUAAUCCCAGUUUUUGUCAGUUUCAAGGAAAGCAACAAAAAGGUGUACUUUCCAUGCUGUAUUUGUUCUGUGUAUAUGAUUCUAGAGUGAGGCCUUUGUUGUAAUCAUGUGCAGGAUGAGCUGUUAGCCAUAGAUGUAAUGAGUCAUUGUUAUAUAAUUUGUGACUACAUACGUAAAUAUGGUCUUAAA